AUGCCAACAGAAAAUAGCCAAAAAAUGAUCAAUGCAACCAUUUUAAGUGAAUUUUCCUUAACAGGAUUAAAUGGCACAACAACAAAGGAAAGAGUCAUUCUUUUCUCUUUCAGCUUGUUGUGUUACAGUGUGAUUUUGCUUGUCAAUGGUGCUCUUAUUGUUACUAUCAUACUGGAGGAAAAGCUACAUGAACCCAUGUACAUAUUCCUCUGUAAUCUGUGCAUUAAUAGUAUUUUUGGGACAACAGGCUUUUACCCAAAAUUCUUUUUUGACCUAUUGUCUAACACUCAUGUCAUAUCGUAUACUGGUUGUCUGUUGCAGGUUUUUGUUAUAUACUCCUAUGUAGCAACUGAUUUUUCUAUUUUAACCCUGAUGGCGUAUGACCGAUAUGUGGCUAUAUGUCGACCGCUGGAGUAUCACUCUGUUAUGACUAAACAUAGGAUUGUAUUAUUGGUGUGUUUCUCCAGACUUGUACCUUUCCUCUGUCAGGGUAUUGUGGUGAUAAUGACCUCUAAACUGGAAUUAUGUGGCUCCCACAUAGGAAAACUUUAUUGUGAGAACUGGUCAAUCCUUAAACUUUCCUGCAGUUCAAUAACAACAAAUAGUAUUGUUGGAUUUAUGGUCAUACUUUUCUAUUGCGGGCAUGACCUUUUCAUUAUGUGUUCAUAUGUGCCGUUGAUAAAAUCAGCUUUAAAGUCGAGAGAGGGUAGGAGGAAGUUUAUUCAGACCUGUGUGCCACAUUUCUUAUGUUUGCUUAACGUCACAGUCGCUUUGCUGUUUGACCUCAUGUACGCUAGAUAUGGAUCCAGCUCUAUAUCACAGAGUGUAAAGAACUUCAUGGCCAUACAGUUUCUCGUAAUUCCACCUGUUCUCAACCCUAUAAUUUAUGGACUUAAACUGACGCAAGUACGCAACAGUUUUCUAAGUUUGUGUACAGACAACAAACAAUUUUUCACAUAA